ACUGACGGAUCUGGUGGGAGGGGCCAAUUGAAUCUGUUGCCACGUCGGACUUUUACAAGACGUUAUUUCGUUUAAAGUUAUACAAGGGCUAAUUAUUCUGGAUUUUUUGUGAACCUGUUGCAGUCAUGGUUUCUGUCAUCAACACAGUGGACACUUCCCAUGAGGACAUGAUCCACGAUGCCCAGAUGGAUUACUACGGGACCCGGCUCGCCACCUGCUCCUCAGACCGCACUGUAAAGAUCUUUGAUGUCCGAAACGGAGGACAGAUACUUGUUGCAGACCUCAGAGGCCACGAGGGGCCUGUGUGGCAGGUAGCGUGGGCUCACCCCAUGUUUGGCAACAUCCUGGCUUCUUGUUCAUAUGACCGUAAAGUCAUCAUCUGGAAGGAGGAAAACGGAACCUGGGAUAAGAUGUAUGAAUACACCGGACACGAGUCAUCGGUGAACUCGGCCUGCUGGGGUCCUUAUGAUUUUGGUCUCAUUCUGGCCUGUGGCAGCUCAGAUGGAGCGAUUUCUCUUCUCACGCUGACUGGAGAUCAGCAGUGGGACGUGAAGAAGAUCAGCAACGCCCACACAAUUGGCUGUAACGCGGUGAGUUGGGCUCCUGCAGUUGUUCCAGGCAGUCUGAUCGACCAGCCGUCGGGACAGAAACCAAACUACGUCAAACGCUUCGUUUCUGGAGGCUGUGAUAACCUGGUUAAGCUCUGGAAAGAAGAAGGUGGCCAGUGGAGGGAGGACCAGAAGCUGGAAGCUCACAGUGAUUGGGUGAGAGAUGUCGGUUGGGCGCCUUCGAUUGGUCUUCCCACCAGCACCAUCGCCAGCUGCUCCCAGGACGGCCGUGUGUUUAUCUGGACAUGUGAUGACCCUGCUGGUAACACCUGGACGGCUAAACUCCUCCAUAAAUUCAAUGAUGUGGUUUGGCACGUCAGCUGGUCCAUUACUGGAAACAUCCUGGCUGUUUCUGGAGGAGACAACAAGGUGACUCUUUGGAAGGAGUCGAUUGACGGCCAGUGGGCGUGUAUCAGUGAUGUCAGCAAAGGUCAAGGGGCCGUCUCCACUAUCGCGGACACGCAGCAGAAUGAGCAGUGAUGCAAACAUCACGGUAACCUCUGACUGACCCCUUAAAGUGGACAGCCGUCAGCAGCACAGUGGGAUCAGAACACUUUGAGUUUGGCGGGCUGUGACCAGAAGAGGAAUUAAACCUAAGCUUAAAAAAAAAAAAAAACAAUGGGUGAAAAAAGUGUCUGUACAGUAUUUCGGCUCCAGUUUCACCCCAUGAUGUUUUCUUCUGCAGUUGCACUUCAUUGUUGACCCGACCCCCCCCCCCCCCCCCCCCCCUCCAAAAAAAAAAAAUAAAUAAAUAACCAAACAUGUCUUUACAUCUCAACCUGUGCAACGCUCCAGAAACAUUCCACCUCCACCAGCGGAGAACCAAAGCAACACUCGCAACAAUCCCAUCAUCCUUUGCAGCCACUUUGGACUUGCAUCAAAACCUGCACAGUGGAAAACACCAAAAGUGUGGAAAAAACAAACAAAACAGCUAAUACUAAGCAGCAGAUUUUCUGAAAUGUGUGCAAAAAAACCACAUUAGAGUUAAAAUCCAUCUUCCACCCGCAAACAAUGCGGAGCAACAAAACUUGUUAAAGUAAAACGUUUUGUCAGCUAAGAGUUUGGAGGUGUUAAGCUGCUUUAAUUAGUAAUCAGCCGGCACCUUGCUAUGGCAACAAGGAUAAAGGAGAAAACAAUGGUGGGGGUCAGCUAAUAAAUUUGUUGUCGGGACAAACUUGAAUGCUGUUUAAACUGCUUUUGAGUUUUUCAGUCAGUUGUCAGUUGUAUUGUCAAAACAUGGAUGUUUUUCAUAUUAGAUAUAAUUAAAUCCAA